CUCAGUGACCAUUUGGCGAUCUUUUGAGAGGGGGUUUGAAAAGUGUCCCUUUGUGACAGCUAGAGCCAGAUUGGGGGAGUAGCUCAUUUGCAUGUCAUUAUCCUAGCAGUCGCAGUCUGUAUAUAACCGGCGGCAGGCUGGCCGGGACAUCAGACACACGCAUAGUUUCAUACAGUGCACAAGGAACGAGAGCGCAGAGGGGAAGUGCUUUGGACCAGUACCAUCUUUGCGCUUAAUAAAUCAAAGGGAGAGUAAACAACACACGAGCAAACCCUGCUACGGGUUGUCCUCUUGUUUGCACCCAAGAGCCUGAGGCUGUAUUGAUCUUCAAAUAUUAAUAUCUGGAUUGGAAUUUACGACCUAACAAGGGAUUUUUUUUAUCACCUUGGAUUUUUUCGUCCGCUUUCUCUUACACUACAUUAAGGAUUAAAUUGACUUUGGUUAUUUUUUCCAUUCCAAGAAGGACUUAAAUGGGACACAGAAGAAAGUAGGAAGAACACGUUGUGGGAAGAGACUAAAACAAAUCCACCGAAGUAGUCUCUUUACACUGAAGUGUCUGUUGAAUAAGAGACUAUAUCUGGACGUUUUCAAAAUUCAUCUCAAUGCUUGUUUGAGGGACACAGUCAAAUUUCGUUGGGCUCCUGGAAGUUGAAAUUUGAUCAAGACCCAAUACAACACAAUGGGACACCAGUCAAUUCUGAUAGCUGCCAUCCUUUGUGUGUUGACAUGCCAGGGGUUCUGCUCUGGGGUAUUCGAACUGAAGUUGCAAGAGUUUCUCAACAAGAAAGGAGUGACGGGAAAUACGAACUGCUGCAAAGGGGGGACCGCAUCAAGCCUCCAGCAGUGUGAAUGCAAAACUUUUUUUAGGAUCUGUUUGAAGCACUACCAGACAAAUGUAUCGCCGGAACCUCCAUGCACCUACGGAGGUGCGGUUACCCCUGUGUUAGGAUCCAACUCCUUCCAAGUUCCCGAGAUGACGUCUAAGGAUUCAUUCACCAAUCCAAUACGAUUCUCCUUUGGCUUUACUUGGCCGGGGACUUUCUCGCUGAUUAUUGAAGCGCUUCACACAGAUUCCAUCGAUGAUCUUUCAACAGAACACCCAGAACGUCUCAUCAGUCGGAUGACAACACAGAGGCACCUCACAGUGGGGGAGGGGUGGUCUCAGGAUUUACAAAUUGGUGGAAGGACGGAGCUGAAAUACUCCUACAGAUUUCUGUGUGAUGAACAUUACUACGGCGAGGGCUGCUCUGUCUUCUGCCGCCCCCGAGAUGAUGCCUUUGGACAUUUCACCUGUGGCGAGCGUGGAGAGAUCAUCUGCAACUCUGGAUGGAAAGGCCAAUACUGCACAGAGCCAAUCUGCCUCCCUGGAUGUGACGAGGAACAUGGGUUUUGUGACAAGCCAGAUGAAUGCAAGUGCAGAGUUGGCUUCAGUGGAAAGUACUGUGAUGACUGCAUCCGUUAUCCAGGAUGCCUUCACGGCACCUGCCAGCAGCCUUGGCAGUGCAACUGCCAGGAAGGCUGGGGGGGACUGUUUUGCAACCAAGAUUUGAACUACUGCACUCACCACAAACCAUGCAUGAAUGGAGCAACUUGUACCAACACUGGGCAGGGCAGCUAUACCUGUACCUGCAAGCCUGGCUUCACUGGGGACAACUGUGAGAUUGAGGUCAACGAGUGUUCAGACAGUCCCUGCAGAAAUGGGGGAAGCUGCACUGAUAUGGAGAACACCUACACCUGUGCUUGUCCUCCUGGAUACUAUGGCAAGAACUGUGAGUUGAGCGCUAUGGACUGUGCUGAUGGGCCAUGUUUCAAUGAGGGUCGCUGCGUCAACAACCCAGAUGGAGGAUACUAUUGCCAGUGUCCAGCAAGUUAUGCUGGUUUCAACUGUGAGAAGAAAAUUGACCACUGCAGCUCCAACCCCUGCUCGAAUGGUGCUCAGUGUUUGGACCUGGUGGAUUCCUACCUGUGCCAAUGUCCGGAUGGUUACGUGGGAGACAACUGUAACGACAAUGUUGACGAGUGUGCCGGCUUCCCAUGUCAGAAUGGUGGCUCCUGCCAGGAUGGACUCAACGACUACACCUGCACGUGUCCUCCUGGCUACACUGGAAAAAACUGCACCCACCCAGUGAGCAGGUGUGCCCAUAACCCCUGCCACAACGGUGCCACUUGCCAUGAGAGGGAGGGGCGCUACAUCUGUGCGUGCGUGCCUGGAUACGGAGGGCGCAACUGCCAGUUUCUUCUCCCCGAGACCAACGGACAGCCUGUCGUUGAAGGGCAUGACAGGCGCUACUCCGAGGGGGGUGAUGACGGAGAGGAGCAGACCGAUUACUUCCCUUGGAUGGCGGUGUGCGCAGGGAUUAUACUGGUGCUGCUGCUGCUGCUGGGCAGUGCCAUUCUGGUGGCGUUUGUGCGGGUCAAGCUCCAGCGGCGGAGCCAGCUGUUAGAGGCCCGCAGUGAGAGAGAGACCAUGAACAACCUGGCCAACAACUGCAGCCGUGACAAGGACCUGUCGGUGAGCGUCAGUGUCCUCGGCCCAACCCAGGUGAAGAACACCAACAAGAAGGUGGACUUUCACAGCGACAACUCGGCUGGCCUCGGGGGCAACUCGGAAAAGAACGGCUACAAGUCGCGCUACCUGUCUGUGGAUUACAAUCUGGUGCACGAGCUGAAGCAGGAUGAGGCAUGCGGGAAAGACGACCUGGAAAAAGGCGACCCAAAAUGUGAAGCUAAAGGCGACUCCAAGUGCGAGGCCAUGUGUGAGGCUGCAUGUGAGGCUGCGUGCGAACCACUGGACUGUGACUUAGACGAGAAACGCAGAAAUCGCUUAAAGAGUGAUGCCUCAGAAAAGAAACGUCCAGAUUCAUCGUGCAAGGACACAAAGUAUCAGUCCGUGUACGUGAUAUCAGAUGAAAAAGAUGAAUGUAUUAUUGCAACUGAGGUGUAACAUUAUAUUGGAGCUGUUGCUCAGUCGCUCUGCUGGAGGUUUUACUCUGACGAAAUGCUGCUCAAACCAGGGGGAACGUUUCCCUCACGUGAACUGCUGCUGUGGAACUAAGAUGUUGAAUAUGAUAUUCAGAAUGAGCUGGUUCUCAACUGAAGUAAGCACAGUGACUGCAGAAGUUGGUUGUUGAGCCAUACUGGCUCCCUGCUCCCCGCAUUGUUUUUUUUCUUUCUUUCCAUUCAUGUCGCCCAGGAAAUGCGCAUAUGGUGCAAAUGGACUUGUUGCAUGACCUGGAAAAAGAGUUACCUCAUUGCACUAGAGGGCUUUUUUGUGUUAAAGAGGACACAAAUGUAUUUAAACUGACUGCAGUGUGUACUGUUUCAUAUCCUCACAUCAGUGAGUGUUGGUUCGGAGAAGAAAAGACACUGCCUUUGAAUCCUAAAGCAACUGAGGCUUUUGUUGUUUUUUUAUUUUUAAGAAGUUGUACUUUUUAUUUAAUUGUUAUUUGUGUUUUAUAUGUUUGUGAAUGUGUUGUGGAAUUCAGUUUGAUAUAAUUUAAUUUUCUCCCUCAUUCUGCAAAUAUGUAUAAUGUAUAUAAGGCACUUCGGGUCAAUGUGACUGUUUUCCAUAAUUGUAUUUAAGAAGCAUUGUACAGAUCUUAUGGGAAUUGUUUUAUAACUGUUGCUCAUGAAGGAAAUCAUCUAAAUAUUUUUCCAAAUAAAUAAUGUAUGAAAUAAUGGAA